GAGAGAGAGAGAGAGAGAGAGAGAGAGAGAGAGAGAGAGAGAGAGAGAGAGAGAGGAGAUUCACGAGGUUGUAGAAUAGUAGUGCUUUGUCACACAGACACACACACACAAUCUCAGACAAUCCCAGAAAGAGGUGGAGCGCGCGACUCCCGUGCUCUGCCUGCACACGAACUGUUGAAAAGUAUGAGCGCCUCGAGCCUCGAGCCACUCUACCGCCUCGGCUUCCCGUCUCGUGUCGGCUACCACAGGUGAGGCGGAGUCGAGAUAGGAUUACAGCCUUUUAUUCGAUCAGACUCGCAGCGGGGUUGUUGAUUUUAGUUUAGAGGAACUACGAAAGACACAAAACAAAAGCACAAAAAAAAGAAGACAAAGUCAUGGAGAGAAAAGAAGAAUUAGGAAGAAGCUAGCGUCUGACGUUUGACCGGUGGUACGACGCGCCCUCCAGGAAGCUCAAGUGUCCGGGGAGAAGACGCCGAGGAAGAUGGGGAUGUAUUUUAGCGCGCUUCGGACCCUCAUCAGCCGAUACUGUGCUGGUGAGGAGGACUGGGUGGACAACCGGACGGUGUACAUCGGACACAAGGAGCCCCCCCCGGGAGCCGAGGCCUACAUACCCCAACGGUACCCCGACAACAGGAUAGUCUCCUCCAAGUAUACCUUUUGGAACUUCGUACCAAAGAAUCUAUUUGAACAGUUCAGGCGAAUCGCCAACUUCUAUUUCCUCAUCAUCUUCCUGGUUCAGCUGAUCAUAGACACCCCCACCAGUCCGAUCACCAGUGGCCUGCCACUCUUCUUUGUCAUCACUGUCACUGCCAUCAAACAGGGUUAUGAGGACUGGUUGAGACACAAAGCAGACAACUCGGUCAACCAGUGCCCCGUCCACGAGGUGCAGCACGGCAAGGUGGUGCGCAAGCAGAGCCGCAAGAUCAGGGUGGGGGACGUGAUGCUCAUCAAGGAGAACGAGACCUUCCCGUGCGACCUCAUCCUGCUCUCGUCGUCCCGGGACGACGGCACCUGCUUCGUCACCACGGCCAGUCUGGACGGAGAGAGCAGCCACAAGACGUACUAUGCAGUGCAGGACACUAAGGCCUACACCACAGAAGAAGAAGUUGACUCAAUCAAGGCCACCAUAGAAUGUGAACAACCACAGCCUGACCUCUACAAGUUCGUGGGCCGGGUUAACAUCUACAUGGACAACGAACCGGUCGCCAGGCCUCUGGGAUCCGAAAACCUGCUGCUGCGAGGAGCGACUCUGAAAAACACAGCGUACAUCUAUGCGGUGGCAAUCUACACGGGCAUGGAGACCAAGAUGGCCCUCAACUACCAGACAAAGACUCAGAAACGCUCGGCUGUAGAAAAGUCAAUGAACGCCUACCUGGUGGUGUACCUGUGCAUCCUCAUCGGCAAGGCCUUCAUCAACACGGUGCUGAAGUACGUCUGGCAGGCCGACCCCAACCAGGACGAGCCCUGGUACAACAACCGCACCGACGCCGAGAAAGAGAGGCACAUAGUGAUCCGUGCGUUCACGGACUUCCUGGCGUACAUGGUGCUCUUCAACUACAUCAUCCCCGUCUCCAUGUACGUCACGGUGGAGAUGCAGAAGUUCCUGGGCUCCUACUUCAUCAUGUGGGACGACGACAUGUACGACAAGGAGCUGGGCGAGAGCGCCGUCGUCAACACCUCCGACCUCAACGAGGAGCUGGGCCAGGUGGAGUACGUGUUCACGGACAAGACGGGCACGCUGACGGAGAACAACAUGGAGUUCAUCGAGUGCUGCGUGGACGGACACGUCUAUGUACCCCAGGCCAUCUGCAACGGACAGGUGAUGCCAGGGUCAGACACUAUGGACAUGAUCGACUCCUCCCCAGGACCGCGGGCCAGGGAGAGUGAGGAGCUGUUCUUCCGGGCUCUGUGUCUGUGCCACACGGUGCAGGUGAAGGAGGAGGAGACGGUGGACGGCAUAAAGCACGGCCUCCACUCCGGGCGUCCCUCCUCCUUCUACAUCUCCUCCUCCCCCGACGAGGUGGCGCUGGUGGAGGGCAUGAAGAGGCUGGGCUACACCUACCUCAGGCUGAAGGACAGCCACAUGGAGAUCCUGAACCGGGAGGACCAGGUGGAGAGGUUUGAACUUUUGGAGGUGUUGACCUUCGACUCCGUCAGGCGGAGGAUGAGUGUGAUCGUCAGAGCCAGCACCGGUGAGGUGUAUCUGUUCUGCAAGGGGGCCGAUUCCUCCAUCUUCCCCCGGGUGGUGUCUGGCAAGGUGGAGGAGGUCAAGGACCGGGUGGAGCACAACGCAAUCGAGGGGCUGCGGACGCUCUGCGUGGCCUACCGGGCCCUGACCCCGGAGCAGUACGAGGAGACGUACCGGCUCCUGAACGAGGCGCGGCUGGCCCUCCACGACCGCGACCGCCGGCUGGCCGAGGCCUACGACCAGAUAGAGACCCAGCUGGUGCUGCUGGGGGCCACGGCGGUGGAGGACAGGCUCCAGGAGGAGGCGGCCGACACGGUUGAGUCGCUCCAUCAGGCGGGCAUGAAGGUGUGGGUGCUGACGGGCGACAAGAUGGAGACGGCGGCGGCCACGUGCUACGCCAGCAAGCUGUUCCGCCGCGGCACGCGCGUGCUGGAGCUCACCACCAAGCGCACCGAGGAGCAGAGCCUGCACGACGCCCUGUUCGACCUCAGCCGCACCGUGCUGCGGCCCCACCGGGAACCCAGCGGCCUGGGCCUGGACCCCGACCCCGUCUCUGGCCUCUCGGGGGAGUGCAGUGACUUCGGGCUGAUCAUCGACGGGGCCACCCUGUCGGCCGUGCUGCAGCCCGGCCCGGAGGCCUCCAGCGCCGGGGACUACAAGGAGAUCUUCCUGGAGAUCUGCCGCAACUGCAGCGCCGUGCUCUGCUGCCGCAUGGCCCCGCUGCAGAAGGCCCAGAUCGUGAAGCUGAUCAAGGCGUCCAAGGAGCACCCCAUCACGCUGGCCAUCGGGGACGGGGCCAACGACGUCAGCAUGAUCCUGGAGGCCCACGUGGGCAUCGGCAUCAUGGGUAAGGAGGGUCGGCAGGCGGCCAGGAACAGCGACUACGCCAUCCCAAAGUUCAAGCACCUGAAGAAGAUGCUGCUGGUGCACGGACACUACUACUACAUCCGCAUCUCCGAGCUGGUGCAGUACUUCUUCUACAAGAACGUGUGUUUCAUCUUCCCCCAGUUCCUCUAUCAGUUCUUCUGUGGCUUCUCGCAACAGCCUCUGUACGACACGGCCUACCUGACGCUGUACAACAUCAGCUUCACCUCGCUGCCCAUCCUGCUCUACAGUCUGAUGGAGCAGCACAUCAACAUAGACAUCCUGAGGAAGGACCCCACCCUCUACAGGGAUAUCUCAAAGAACUGCCUGCUGCGCUGGCCCAUCUUCAUCUACUGGACCAUCCUGGGCGUGUACGACGCCAUGGUCAUGUUCUUCGGCGCUUACUUCCUGUUUGACAACACCACCUUCACAAGCAAUGGACAGCUAAUGACAUCCAACACACAGAUGAUGUUUGGAAACUGGACCUUCGGGACCCUGGUCUUCACUGUGUUGGUCUUCACUGUUACGUUUAAGUUGGUCCUGGAUACACACUACUGGACCUGGAUCAACCACUUUGUGAUCUGGGGCUCGCUCAUCUUCUUUGUGGUCUUCUCCCUGCUGUGGGGGGGCAUCAUCUGGCCCUUCCUGAACUACCAGAGGAUGUACUACGUGUUCAUGCAGAUGCUGUCCAGCGGGCCGGCCUGGCUCAGCAUCAUCCUGCUGAUCACGGCCGGUCUGCUGCCCGACGUGGUGAAGAAGGUGAUCUGCAGGGCCCUGUGGCCCACCACCACCGAGCGCAUCCAGAACGCCGACAGGCUGUACCGGGGGCAGCUCUCGGAGUUCUCCCCCCUGGCCUCCCUCCGCGGGGGGCAGCAGGACCCCACCCCGCCGGCCCCGCCCCACCCCCGCAGGUCUGCUCUCGACUCUCCGUUCACCUCAGAGAAGAAGCUCAUGUUCACACGCUGGCGCCCCAGGCCCGGCUACCCCUCCUUCCCCCCGCUGCUACGAUUCGCCGGCCUCUCCCGGGGAGGGGGCGGGGCUAAGGGCCGAGGGGGCGGGGCCUAUGGUAGCACAGGGCCCGAGACACCAGUCUAGUUUUUUUUUUGUUUGCAUUGCCUUGGACCUUAACUUAUUUUUUUUAUGGUAUAUGUCGAAAAGUUAUACAUACCUAUAUGAAGAGGGGUUCUGGGUGUAGGGGUGAGGUACAUUGACGCAGUUGUCGCCGCUUUUCCCUGGUGCAGAAAUCUCAGGGUGCACGCAUACACACACACACACACACACACACACACACACACACACACACACACACACACCCCUUCCUCAAAUCGAAGGCAAAGCGUUCCUAUUUCAGACGGCUUCUUCUAAGGCCGUUUGGUGAUGUCACAGCGAACAAAAAGCUAGAAACCAAAUCCCCACUGAGGAACCACCAUCUCCAUCGACGAUCAGAGACCCUUCCCGUCACCCUGAACGGUCCAUCAGUACUGCUCGUGCAUUGGUUAACCCGCGUGCAUUAAGUCACAGCAAAGACGAUGAUGCAACGAAAUAAGAUGCUGUAUGAUGACACGUAGUGGUGAUGAGAAAUGUGUCGGGGUUAUGAUUAAGGUCCAUGCCUGCAUGUGUUCAUUUGUUUUCUGACCUUUACGUUUUCUUUUAAUACCUCUUUUCUUUUUCCAAACACUCCUGCAACCUACACCUUCCUAUCUGUCUACUCCUUCCUUCCCUCUCUCUCUCCCUCUCUGUUUCCAUGUCUCUCUCUCUGUAUAGGACUAACUGGUGUUGCCUGUGUGCAAACCUUCUGUCCAGAAAUACUCCAUAGUGGGAACCGGCGAUACAGCGUCACUGUAAGGAGGGAGCGGUGGAGUAGUGGCCGGUCUGGCGUCUGAGUGGGAAGAGAUGGCUGUUUGUUGUGCACUUGUUAAGGUCCUAGCUGUCAAGUGGUCUUCGGGAAGCUCAGAGCUUCCGACUGAAUUUGGCGAUAAACCCUUGCUUGUGACCUGCAGUAACUUCAAAUGAUCGGGUUUGAAGGCCGACGUGGAUCACAGCCUCUUGGCCUACAUGUAAACAUUAACCAUGCCUCAUUUAACGUGCAUUACAGACGAGUAUUUGCCGGCAUCGCAGCUGUAAGAUAGCACACUGAGGAGCGCAUACGUAACCUGAAUUUAUUGCUACAAGAAUUAUCGUCAAAAUAAAAGAUUUAGUAAGAUUGUAUUGUAUAGUAACUAGCAAUAAGCCAUAUUACUUUUUUUUUUACUUAAUAACUUCAGGAAUACCCAUUUAAUGUAAUCAGUGUCUUUUGGACGCAUGGGCAUACAUAUAUUAUAUUCUUAUAUAGUAUAUAGUAAAUACAUAGAGUAUAUUAUGAUAUUAUUACUGUCAAUUAGCGAGUACUUCAUUCUCUGUCCUCUGAAUGGAAAACAAAAGUUCUCCCAACACUCAGACUGCACACUGUAUCCUGUGGUUGUUCCUGUGCAUAGUUUGGAGUCUGGUAGGAUAGAGUAGUGAUGUACUACCUAGAUUGAGAUGUGUAUUUGUGUAGUGCGCGUUUGUUUGCGUCAGUUGUGUGACGUUUAGGCAGCGUGUGUCCGUGUGGGGAAUCGCUUGAUGUCUUUAUGAACUUUUGCACUUUACAAAAUACUUCAUACUUUUGUUUCGGACAACUUUGUUUUCAGCGUACAUGUUGAAGCUUCCGAAUUUUCUUAACCGCUACUGAGUGUUUGUUAGGACAAACGACGAGAAUGCACAAAACACAAGCGGUUCAGCCACGCAAGGAUUCCCUUCGCCUUUCCCUUUGCCUUAAACACCAGCUAGCUAGCACGCAGCCCUCUACGUCACAACACCUGACCACAGCAGGUGGUCCCGCGAUGUUAACGGAGAUUUGAGAACGGCAUUAUCACUGUUACAGGAUGAAUGCUCUUUUUAUGAUCACUGAUGCAAUUUUACUAUUUCUUUGAUUUCUUUGACUGUUCAAUUAUAUUUAAAAAAAACAAACAGAUGAAGAUUUAUGUUUGGCUUGGCAGCAUUUUGUAAACAUUAUCCCCCUCACACAUCCGUCAAUCACUUUCUAUGCCAGACCUUGCUAAGUUCGGUCCAUUUGUGAUCUCACAAAUUGUCCCAUUAGUGAAAAUUUGCUGUUGUUCUUUAGCUGGGGCUGUAAGUCUGAAUCACAGAGGUCAGCAUCACAGUGACCAACAGUUCCACACACAGAACGAUCUACCAGGGUCCACGUUGUGACACUGGCGUGAGGAGGCGUUGACAAUAAAACGAGGGGAACACUAUUGCUUUGGGAGUGGGUGGUUCGGGAGCAGGAGCACAAAAAGCCUAGCAGCACAAAGCACAAUGUUUUUUAGGAGGCCUUUGUUUUUUUGACACAGGGUCUUGUGUUGCGUUGAGGAGUUAGUUGUACAUGUAGUGUGGUGUCAUACAAACGAACAAACACAUAUUGAGUGGCGGUCCAAUAUAGCGGCCUUAAAGGUGUAGUCCCCAUUGAUCAAAAUGGCUGAGCUUGUUUUGCUCCUGUUUCAUUAUCUCCUGUUGCUUUGUUCUUCCUAACACUACUGCCUCUUCCUUCAUCGCCCUCCCUCCUGAGAGCCUUCUCUUUGUUUCUUAAUGUUGUCUCUACUUUUUCUCUUCCCUUUCUUUCUUUUGUUUUUUUCGAAAGAAAGAACCGAAGAAAAAAACCCUUCGCAUUGCUCCACAUUGUCUACCUCACCACCCUGUUCUUUGGCGCAGCCGGCAUCUCCACCUGACUUGAUUGUCAUGUCUUCGGCCAUGCCCUCCCCUCCUCAGCCCAUCCAUCCAUCCAUCCAUCUAUCCAUCCACCAGUCCACCAACCCGUCUCUGGUGCUCUCUGUCAACAGGAGAGCAGCUGAGAUCCAGAGAGCAGACUGCCUGGUCAUCGUGGAUAGAGCGUAGAUGUAACUGGAAAAAGUUGUUAAUAUGUUAAUCGUAGAUAUGGUAUUUCAACGUCGCCGUCGCCCUCCCCCCCGAAGCCUUGUUGCCGUAGCGAUUAUCUCAGGUUGCGUUAAGGUGCCUUGUGGGUCCUGAAGCGUUACAAACCUUACGUUAGCUAUUACGAAGAGAUGUCCCCUAAUGUUUCGCAAUUUCUUUCUUAGGCAGUUCACACACACACACACACACACACACACACACACACACACACACACACACAGACACACACACACACACACGCACACACACACGCACACGCACACACACACACACACACAGAUAACAUCUUAGAGGUCAAAAUGAUGUAGCUACAACCUUAGCUACAACCCAAGCCUCUGGAGCUGGCUAAAUGGGACCGUUGCAAGGUGCAGGUUCAACAUAAAGCCUCCAGUCACACCACACUGGACAGAUGUUCCCCGGGGGGGAUCUGUGUGGGUGUUGCGUUGGUCACAAAUGGAUACUUGAAUGAAUCACUCGGGCUAUGUCGAGGUUCAUUCACUUCAGAGUACACAUCUUACACAUCAUGCACAUCAACAUCUUUUUUCUGUUUUUCCUCUUGAGAUGUAUGAACGUUAUGGUCAUUCCUUGUGACGAAUGAGCACCUAUGCUCCUGUGUGCAUUCCAGCGGUCCGGCACGUCGCCGUAGGUUGACACUAAAAUAAUUGAUGUAUAAUACAUUCAAUACCUGCGUUAUAUAAGAGGUGGUAACCAGAUAAUGUUGGGUCUAAUUUUUAGAACCAAAUAUUCUCUGUCGUAUAUUCUCUGUGUAGAACCCAGAGGUGAAUUGAAAGAUAUGAAUGCAUUUCUGAAGUUCUGAAAGAAAUGUGUUUUCACUUGAUGAAACGGCCAAUCGAUCAAUCAAUUAGACUUGAUUGCUUCGAUCAUUGUUUGUUUAAUCAAUCCAUCUUUGCCACCACUAGAUGUCAGGUUGUCGCUAUUAGCACUUCAAACAAAUGGACGUUGUCUUCGGAUACAAGCGACUGGUUUAAGUGGGCAGGGGCAGAAUGUAGUAUUAAUGUCACCUCCUCACAAAAGUGACAAAUACGUCAAAAUAAUAUGUUUUUAUAUUAGCCCAACACACGCUUAAGAAUGCUGCAAAUGUGACGUUUAAUGUUUAUUGUCCCUUUAGGUUUGACCGAAGCAUUUCAGUAUUUCUUUAUCCACCCUAAUUGGCUUUGAGCUUUUUUUGUUUUUAUUUCUCCUUUUUUAUAUUAGAGAUGAGAGGUUGUCUCGACUCUGACUCAUCCUGUGUUAUGCAAAGGACAGCCUUUCCUCACUCAACUCAUCUGUGACAGAAGUAUUGACAACGGAAACUUCUUAUUGGAUCAGUGUUCAAACAUCAACAUGUUUUAGGCUAAGGAGGUUUUAAUACAUGGUGUGCGUCCGUGUCAGAACAUCAUGAUUUUUUUGGGGGGGAUUCUCCAAAAGCAGCAGUCUUGUGUUGUAUUUCAGAGUCAUAUUCCUAUUUUUGGCUUGUUUCUUUUCGGAGAAACAACACACUGGAUGUAAUCGCAGCAUGGGAGGAAAAUGACCCCAUGAGAGACGAACGGAUCAUUAGCAUCAAUGAAGAGGAGGGCUUUAAAGACAUGGAAACACAACGUCACGGACACAAACUGUAGACUUUCUCUGGACGGACAACCUGUAAGCUUAAGCCUUCGGAAGAAAUGUUUCCUUCUUUUUUAAUCACCUGCAUUGAUGUCGUCGUAAAGUUACCACGCUAUAAUAACCCAAAGCGCAUAAAUACAUGUAAAAUCACCCGUACCUGAUGCAUACACCUACGUGUAGGUAUGUUAAUGGAUGUACAGUUUUGCGAGGUCUUUUGUAUACAGUUUAUUACAGUCACACGUAUAUAUAUAUAUAAAUAUAUAUAGAUACACUGGCGGUUAUUUGUGAACCUCUGUUGCUAUCGAUGGAAAUCGACUGUACAUUUGCUUAUAAUAAAAACGUAAAUAUGAA